UUCUUACUCGGGGUAGUUGCUGAAUGGUCAAUGUGACUGACAUCCCGCGCUUGGAAACUUCCGGAUUUUGGUCUCUCGAUCCACCGCUGGGUGUCGCUGUGGGGCAGGAUCAAACCGGAUCAAACGCAGCGAAAGCGCUCGCGCUCACAGCAGCCGCUCCUCACAUAUUUCACCAUAAACAAGAAGCGUCUCUGUAUUUCUGUAGACAUUCAGAGUGUACAACCUCUAGCUCCGAAAAUAGGAGUAGGAAAACCAUUUGACUGAGGGUGCGGGUUACUGCUGGCUGUAGCAAAGUGACGUGCCCAGUGAGAUCAUGUGACAGCAUGGAGGCGUCAACGAAAACAUCCAUCCGUUCACUGCCGCGCAGCAGUUUCACAAUAAACACAUAAGACAGCAGGCGCUUCUGACCGACUCCGUUCGUGACGUCUCUCUCCUCGCAUGGCUGUGAAAUGAGGGGAACAUGGGGGCCAAAGAGUCGAGGAUAGGAUUCCUGUCGUUUGACGAUGCUGCUAAGAGAGUUACUGAAGCGGAACUCAAGCGGCUCAAAGAUGCCUUCAAGAGAACCAGUGGCCUCUCCUGCUACAUGACCCAGCAGUGCUUCUACAGGGAAGUUCUGGGAGAUGGAGUUCCCCCAAAAGUCGCUGAGGUGAUCUACACGUCAUUUGGAGGCUCAUCCAAAGGGCUGCACUUUAACAACCUGACUGUGGGUCUGGUUCUCCUGACAAGAGGACGCGAUGAGGAGAAGGCCAAGUACCUCUUCAGCUUGUUUGCCAACGAUUUGGGUGGAUAUGCUGCCAGAGAAGACAUCGAGGCCGUCCUGCAGGUCCUGGAUGGAGAGGUGCCAGCCACCCUCAACAAGUGCUUCACUGAGGGGGACAAGGUGAACUAUGAGCGCUUCAGGAGCUGGCUGCUGCAGAACAAGGAGGCUUUCACUUUUUCCCGAUGGCUUCUUUCUGGAGGAGUUUGUGUCACGCUGACAGAUGACAGCGACACCCCCACCUUCUACCAGACACUGGCUGGUGUCACACACUUGGAGGAGUCUGACAUUAUAGACUUGGAGAAGCGUUACUGGCUGCUGAAAGCUCAGUCAAGAACCGGCCGCUUUGACUUGGAAACCUUUGUCCCGCUGGUCUCUCCUCCAAUCCACGCCUCAUUGAGCGAAGGCUUGUUUCAUGCCUUUGAUGAAAAUCGGGACAAUCACAUCGACUUUAAAGAGAUCUCCUGUGGACUCUCUGCCUGCUGUCGGGGGCCCAUCGCUGAAAGGCAGAAAUUUUGCUUCAAGGUGUUUGAUGUGGACCGAGAUGGGGUUCUAUCUCGAGAUGAACUGCAUGAGAUGGUGGUGGCCCUGCUGGAGGUGUGGAAGGACAAUCGCACGGACACUCUCCCCGAGCUGAACAGCAGUGUGUCGGACAUAGUUGAGGAGAUCCUCAAGAUGCACAACACCACUGAGCAGGGUCACCUGACUCUGGAGGACUACCAAAUCUGGAGCGUGAAGAGCGCCCUGGCCAAUGAGUUCUUGAACCUGCUCUUCCAGGUCUGCCACAUAGUUUUGGGGCUCAGGCCUGCUACUCCAGAGGAGGAGGGGCAAAUCAUCAGGGGUUGGUUGGAGAGGGAGAGCAGACAUGGACUGCAGCAGGGCCAGAACUGGUUCCUCAUCUCCACUCUGUGGUGGCAGACAUGGAAGGACUACGCCAAAUAUGAGCAGAAGGGCAUCGUGGUGGAGCAGCCGUCCAUCCUCAGCUCUUUCAGAAGCCCUCUGGCCACAGCCACUGUCCAGCCGGCCCCACCUGAGAGACCGGGAGGACUGGGGUCCUUCAGCUCUGUCAGCCCCAUUGAGGAGAGGUCCCCUGAUGCUGUGUCCAGCGCCUCUGAGGCCACAGAGUCUG